ACAAGAACGAAGAGUGUGAGUUGAGUUGGGCAUCAUAAAUAUAGCUGAAUGAGAAUGAGAGAUCGAAUGGCUUCUUACCAUACGGUCGGAGCGUUAAUGGCACGCGACUAAAACUCAUGAAAGUCCGUAGCUUUUGGAAAGUAAAGUAAAGAAUUACGUCGGUUUCAGGUGUUGGCCGUUUUCUUUAGCUUCUCUCUUGACAAAGCAUAUACAUUGAUGCCCACUACUCUCAGACUCAACCCAUUAUUUCUUUGUCACUCUACUUUAUACACAAUCAAGAGAACAACAACAUCAUUACGUUACAUUUACAACUCUUGACCAUCAUGAGAAACAACUCUUGUGUUUGAAAGAUAAAAAAGUUGAGAGAUUUCACUUCUUUCUUACAUAUUUAUAUUAAUACCUCAACUGGGUGUUUGUUGAUUCAAUGAGAUCCUCUUCAGGUCAGAGCAAUAGCUACGAUCUUUCUUUCAAGAUCCUAUUGAUCGGUGAUUCAGGUGUUGGUAAAAGCAGCCUUCUAGUCAGCUUCAUAUCAAGCUCUGUAGAAGAUCUUGCUCCCACCAUUGGUGUCGAUUUUAAGAUCAAGCACCUAAAAUUGGGUGGAAAGAGAUUGAAGCUGACGAUUUGGGACACAGCUGGGCAGGAAAGGUUCAGAACAUUAACAGGCUCUUAUUAUAGAGGUGCCCAAGGAAUCAUUCUUGUUUAUGAUGUCACAAGGAGAGAAACUUUCACAAAUUUAUCAGAUGUUUGGGCUAAGGAAGUGGACCUUUACUCUACCAAUCAGGAUUGUGUCAAGAUGCUUGUUGGAAAUAAAGUUGACAGAGAUUCUGAAAGAGCUGUAAGCAGAGAAGAGGGGAUGAAUCUUGCAAAAGAGCAUGGGUGUUUGUUUCUUGAAAGUAGUACUAAAACUAGAGAAAAUGUGGAGCAAUGCUUUGAGGAGCUUGCUUUGAAGAUAAUGGAGGUUCCUAGUCUUCUGGAAGAAGGAUCCAAUAUAGUCAAGAGAAACAAUUUAAAGCAGAAGCCAGAAUACCAGGCUUCUCCCAGUGGCGGUUGUUGCUCAUAAGUUGUUGCAAUAUAGAAGCAUCUAUAUGAAAGCGAUGCCUACUCUUGCCCAUUUAAGGCUUAUACAGUGCAUCCCCUUUACAUUAUGAAACAGAUCAUGUAUAUGUAAUUUCUUCCUUGUUAUUUCUUGGUGCUGCUGUUGUUUUCACCGAGUUUCCAUAGUUUAACCAUUAUUCUGGGAAGUUGGCACUCGAAUAAUAUAAAUAUAUUAGCUUGUGUAUAUGACUGCCAAAUGAUCCAUGCUAGUAAACAAAAGUGCAUGUAUUUUAUUGA